AUGGCUACAAACAAAGGAACCCCACUUCGCCCGGGGCCAAUUGAAGUAUAUCUGUUUAGUCUAACAGAUGAGAAUCAAAAAAGUAUUGCCCCGGGCGACUUUGAGCGCCACUGGGGCAUUUUCAGUGACAUAAAGAACAUGAGCCUGGUGCCUGAAAAUGUUAACUAUGCCUGCUCAUUGUCCGAUUGCACAAGCUUGAUAUACGGAUCAACGUGCAAUAAACUGGAUGUUCGUGGGAAUGUCUCGUACGCAUUCAAUAUGUAUUUCCAGAUGAAUAAUCAGGACGUCGAGGCAUGCGAUUUUCAGGGUCUGGCCAAGAUUGUGACUCGAAAUGCCUCACAAGGGGACUGCCUCUUCCCUAUACAGAUUGUAAGUGAUGGAAGGAGACUUACCAUG